CCCAUGCGGAGCUGUUUUCUGCAGUGCAUUCCCGUGUUUAUAGUGAUCGCGCGGCGGAAGAGCAGGACAGUAAGCAAUGACACGGCAUGGAAAAAACUGCACAGCAGGAGCUGUUUACACCUACCAUGAAAAGAAGAAAGACACAGCUUCCUCUGGCUAUGGAACUCAAAGUGUCCGUCUAGGGAAAGAUGCCAUUAAAGACUUUGACUGCUGUUCCUUGUCUCUGCAGCCUUGUCGAGAUCCUGUUGUCACUCCAGAUGGCUUUCUUUUUGAAAGGGAAGCAAUCCUGGAAUAUGUUCUUCAUCAGAAACUUGAAAUAUCAAGAAAGAUGAAGGCAUAUGAAAAACAGAAGAAGGAACAGAAUGCUGAGCAGAAGGUCUUGCAGCAAGCAGCAGAAGAGUCAAAAGUUAAGAACUUCUUGAAAAAAGAGAGCAGUAUUAUCUCAAAACCACUGAAUCCUUUUUCUGGUGAGCAGUCAAAAUCCAUUUCUUCCUCUAGUGAAGCUGAACUUGAACAGAAGGACUCCAAGCUGCCCAGUUUCUGGAUUCCCUCCUUAACACCUGAGGCUAAACAGUCAGCUUUGAAGAAGCCAGACAAGACUGUUUAUUGUCCAAUGUCUGGAAAGCCUAUAAAAGUCUCAGAUUUGAUUCCUGUCAAGUUCUCACUGAUCAACAGCUCCCUUGACAGAGUUAGCCUUAUCACCAAGCAAGAACGCUAUGUGUGCGCAGUCACAAAAGAUGUCCUGGGGAACUCUGUACCUUGUGCAGUCCUUCGUCCUUCUGGUGCUGUGGUGACUUUGGAGUGUGUUGAGAAACUUAUUCGCAAGGAUAUGGUGGAUCCUAUCACCGGGGAUAGACUGUCAGAGAAAGAUAUUAUCAUUUUACAGAGGGGUGGAACAGGAUUCUCUGGUUCUGGAAUAGACUUAAAAGCGACACAGUCACGACCUGUAAUGCAAGUAUAAGAGAAAGUUCAGGUGUCCAAUCUGCCGUCUCCACAAAGUCCCCUGCCAAGAUUAACUCUUCUCCAGACUCUCUGGUGUUGUACCCUUUGAUUUACUCCAUAACCUUCUUUUUGUAUCCUAGUUCUUGCUACCAGUACUUAUCUCAUUAUUUGAAUUUUGUUGUUAAUAUUGAAACCAUUUGUGUAUAUAAUAGAAAAUUAAGCCUAUUAGGUGUUUGUGUUUUUUGGAGUAGAAUGUUGGGUCACUGACACUUUAGUUGGAAUACCCUGCUUAAGUUAAAAACAUAAGGGAAGCAUUGGAUUAUUGUCAAUAAACUAUAAAGCCAUUUAGAAUUUGUUUGACCUGUAAUUAAACUCUUACUUUUUUUUGUCGUUAUGUUGGUAAUUGAAUGCUUUUUAAAUGCAGCUGAAUAAAUGAAUCAAAAAGCUCUGA